UGGAAGCUCCUGCCUCAUCGCUCGCUACAGCCUACAGCCACUACAGCACCCCGCUUCGACCCGAUCCGACACAUUCAGGCUCGAGGACUGGAGUCGAGGCCUCGACCAGCGGUGACCAAGGUAGCACAUCACUUACUAACCCAACUUCACCCUUUCGCAGACCCUGACAGGUGAUCAUCGACUUUGCAAGGCUCUGUCACGGCGCCACCCAGAGCCUUGUUGUCGCGUACCUGCGCCGGACCAGCCAUUCCCCUCCUCUUGACGUUUCCGUCGCACCCCACGCUCCGCAACGCGACGUCCAGGUCGCAUACACGGCGACCUCCCGAGCCCUCUUCCUGCGCGCGGCGCGCACGACCAACCCCUCCAUCAUCGAUAGUAGCUGCAUCUGCACCUAGCCGGCGCUGCUUUGGAGAAGUCAACGACAGCUUCCAGCCUCGCCGUUGUUGACCAGACUGUCAACUGCCCGAGAUGGCGCAGUCCCCCAUGCUUUCGGUGCCUCUCAAGGCAACCAACGAGAUUGAUUGGGUCGCGCCUCUCAAGUCCUACAUAAGCAACACCUAUGGAGACGAUCCAGAGAGAUAUGCCGAGGAAUGUGCUACCUUGAACCGCCUGAGGCAAGACAUGCGCGGUGCGAGCAAGGAGAGUACCUCUGGGCGGGACAUGCUCUAUCGAUAUUAUGGUCAAUUAGAGCUCCUGGAUCUGCGCUUCCCCGUGGAUGAGAAUCAUAUCAAGAUCUCCUUCACAUGGUUCGAUGCCUUUACACACAAACCGACGUCUCAAUACUCGCUGGCCUUCGAAAAGGCGUCCAUCAUAUUCAACAUCUCUGCGGUUCUGUCAUGCCAUGCUGCGUUCCAAAAUCGGUCGGACGAGUCGUCGCUCAAGACCGCCUACCAUUCCUUACAAGCCUCGGCCGGCAUGUUCACUUAUAUCAACGAGAACUUUCUCCACGCCCCAUCAAACGAUUUGAGCCGCGACACAGUAAAGGCAUUGAUCAAUAUCAUGCUAGCGCAAGCGCAGGAGAUCUUCUUGGAGAAGCAAGUCGCCGACAAGAAAAAGGUGGGCUUGCUGGCGAAACUUGCGGCGCAAGCGGGAUACCUAUACACCCAAGCCCUAGAAGGGGCUCAGGAGAACGUCAACAAGGGUAUCUUCGAGAAAGUGUGGUUGAUGUUUAUCCAGGUCAAAAUGAACCUCUUGCUGUCCAUGGCUCAAUACUAUCAGGGCAUUGCAGACGAUGAAGCUGGCCAAUACGGCGUAUCAGUGUCUCGCUUCCAAGUCGCUGACUACUUGGCGAAAGAGGCCAACAAGCUUGCAAAGACGUUCCCCAGCGUGCCGUCGCCCAAUUCGAAUCUCAGCGCAGACACCGCCGGGCAGCUCCAGAACAUAGCGAGCAGGCAUUGCUCCACCGUUCAAGAGAGGCUGGCAGAAGCGGCAAAGGACAACGACUAUAUCUAUCAUCACACAGUCCCUGCGGAGGCGACUCUUGAAGCUAUUGCCAAGCUCCCGGCCGCGAAGCCGAUACCCGUCUCUGAGCUAUACGCAGGCCAAGAUAUCAGUAGGAUCACCGGACCCGAUCUCUUCUCAAAGAUUGUGCCCAUGGCUGUCACCGAGUCCGCCAGUCUGUACGAUGAGGAGAAGGCCAAGCUUAUACGUGCCGAGACUGAAAAGGUUGACACAGCUAACGGGGAAAUGGCGGCCAGCCUGGACUACCUGCGUCUCCCCGGCGCAUUACAAGUGUUGAAAGGCGGCUUCGAUCAGGAUAUUCUCCCAGACGAGGACUUUCGGCAGUGGUGCGAUGAUGUUGCGACGCACGAGAACCCCAGCACCAUCUUCGAAUCGCUCCGAACCAACAAAGAAUGGAUCGUGAGUACACUAGACAGAUGCUCCAAACAGCUCGACAUGGAGGAGAGUGUGUGUGAGAAGAUGCGAUCCAAGCACGAGAGCGAAUGGACGCAGCAGCCCAGCUCAGCGCUCACAACAACCCUUCGGGGCGACAUUCGCAGCUACAGGCAGGCCUUGGAGGAGGCCCUGCGCAGUGACGGCCAGCUCUCGGCCAAGCUGCGCCAGAAUGAGGCCGAUUUUGAGGAGAUGCGUCGGGCGGCGCAAGACGGCGAGGUGGACGGGCUGUUCCAGAGGGCAGUCGCACAGGUACGGGGCGCCCAAGCUAGCAGCCCGGGCGGCAUUCAGCCCAACCUGCUCGAUGAUGAUUUCGAAGAGGAGGGUACAAGCGUAGUGGACCAAAUCGCCAAGGUAGAGGACACUUUGAAGAAGCUCAACCUCGUCAAGCGCGAGCGCAAUCAGGUAUUGAAGGACCUCAAAGACAAGGUUCACCAUGACGAUAUCUCGCAAAUACUCAUUCUCAACAAGAAAAUGUCAAACUACGAGACCCAGCUCUUCCAACAGGAGCUCGAGAAGUUCCGGCCACACCAGAACCGACUCUUGCAGGCAAACCACAAACAGUCGGCACUCAUGAAGGAAUUGACGGCCACUUUCAACGCCCUCUUGCAGGACAAGCGUGUUCGUUCUGAGCAGAGCAAGUACGAGGCGAUCCAGAAGCAGAGGUCGACAGUGAUCAACCGGUACAAGCGGGCGUACCAAGAAUUCCUUGACUUGACGUCGGGACUAUACAGCGCCAAGAACUGGUACAAUGAGAUGAAGGAGACGGUGGAGAGCCUCGAGAAGAACGUGGAGUCGUUUGUCAACAACAGGAGGUCGGAGGGUGCGCAGCUUCUCAACCAGAUUGAGCAGUCGCAGGCUUCGAACAAAUCAGCGCAGGCAGAGCUCGAGCAAGAGAGAAUGCGAGGCCUGAUGGAGCGUAUGUCGAUGGGCGACCAGUCCCGAACCCCUCCGCAACUGCCGCCGCAACCUGGACAGCAACAACGCCAGAGGCCGACGCCGCCGGCUCUGUUCCAGUCCGGGCAGGCCCCAAGAUAUGGGCAGUCCACGUACCAAGGACAGUACCAGAUGCCCACAUCGCCACCGCCGAACCAGCCUCCUCAGCAAGCGUACCAGGGAUACACAAGCCCGCCGCCACAAACGUACGGACAGCCGCCUUCUAGUACAUAUGGGCAAGCGAGCUAUAACCCGAGUCAAUACGGACGCACGCCCGGCCCAACAUCGCCUCCUCCGAACCAGACAUCUUUCGGUAUGCAGGCAAUGCGUGGUCCAGCCUCACCGGCGCCUCAUCAAACAUCAUUUGGCCAGCCGCAUCACCAAGCUCAUCAGAGCUACAACACGUACGGUGUACCGCAGACGCCGCAACAAACCCAGGGCGGAUACGUUCCUCCAGGUUUCGUUCCGCCUCCGCCGCCCCCUGGGCCUCCACCUCUAGGUCCGCAGCAGACAGUACAUUACGGUCAGUCCCAACCGGGGCAGCAAGGUUAUGGCCAUGGACCGCAGAGUGCGCAUCCACAAAGCGCGCACCCUGGCAGCGCACACCCGCAGUCAGCACAGCAACAGGCCCCUGAUCCGUGGGCGGGGCUCAAUGCAUGGAAGUAGACGCAAAUUCAACGCAUUUGACAUAGAAUGGGGAGGCAUUGCAUGAUUUCAAUGAGAGCGUCCAUACGAAGCAUUUGCAUGUUGACAAUUGGUGAAAGUGAAGAAACGCGUGGGUACAGGGUAGUUGUCCUGCGCUUGACAAAUUGGCACGCUGCGAUUUGCUCGUCAUCCAUGGAACUGACGGCUGGCUGAAUCCCGAGGCUCGGGGGCUUCUCGAUCUCGUGUCCAAUCACGUUUCUCAAUUGGCUAUGCAGGCCACGUUGUAUGGGGCAAGGAGAUAUGGCGGAGGAGUGAGGUU